CUACCUAUUGGUAAACCCCCUUACCCGUGCCUCCCCCCCCACCCGCCCCAACGCCCAGCACCGUGCCCUGCACACAGUAGGCGCUCAAUAAAUGUUCGUGGAUGAUGAUGAUGAUGAUGAUGAAAAACAUGCACCACCAACGGCAGCAGCAAGCGGACCACGCGAACGAGGCAAACUAUGCAAGAGGCACCAGACUCCCUCUUUCUGGUGAAGGACCAACUUCUCAGCCGAAUAGCUCCAAGCAAACCGUCCUGUCUUGGCAAGCUGCAAUCGAUGCUGCUAGACAGGCCAAGGCUGCCCAAACUAUGAGCACCUCUGCACCCCCACCUGUGGGAUCUCUCUCCCAAAGAAAACGUCAGCAAUACGCCAAGAGCAAAAAACAGGGUAACUCGUCCAACAGCCGACCUGCCCGCGCCCUCUUCUGUUUGUCACUCAAUAACCCCAUCCGAAGAGCCUGCAUUAGUAUAGUGGAAUGGAAACCAUUUGACAUAUUUAUAUUAUUGGCUAUUUUUGCCAAUUGUGUGGCCUUAGCUAUUUACAUCCCAUUCCCUGAAGAUGAUUCUAAUUCAACAAAUCAUAACUUGGAAAAAGUAGAAUAUGCCUUCCUGAUUAUUUUUACAGUCGAGACAUUUUUGAAGAUUAUUGCGUAUGGAUUAUUGCUACAUCCUAAUGCUUAUGUUAGGAAUGGAUGGAAUUUACUGGAUUUUGUUAUAGUAAUAGUAGGAUUGUUUAGUGUAAUUCUGGAACAAUUAACCAAAGAAACAGAAGGCGGUAACCACUCCAGUGGCAAGUCAGGAGGCUUCGAUGUCAAAGCCCUCCGCGCCUUUCGGGUGUUACGACCACUUCGACUCGUGUCAGGAGUGCCCAGUUUACAAGUUGUCCUGAACUCCAUUAUAAAAGCCAUGGUCCCCCUCCUUCACAUAGCCCUUUUGGUAUUAUUUGUAAUCAUAAUCUAUGCUAUUAUAGGAUUGGAACUUUUUAUUGGAAAAAUGCACAAAACCUGUUUUUUUGCUGACUCAGAUAUCAUAGCUGAAGAGGACCCAGCGCCAUGUGCGUUCUCAGGGAAUGGACGCCAGUGUGCCGCCAAUGGCACGGAGUGUAGGAGUGGCUGGGUUGGCCCAAAUGGAGGCAUCACCAAUUUUGAUAAUUUUGCCUUUGCCAUGCUCACCGUGUUCCAGUGCAUCACCAUGGAGGGCUGGACAGAUGUGCUCUACUGGGUAAAUGAUGCGAUAGGAUGGGAAUGGCCAUGGGUGUAUUUUGUUAGUCUGAUCAUCCUUGGCUCAUUUUUCGUCCUUAACCUGGUUCUUGGUGUCCUUAGCGGAGAAUUCUCAAAAGAAAGAGAGAAGGCUAAAGCCCGGGGAGAUUUCCAGAAGCUCCGGGAGAAGCAGCAGCUGGAGGAGGAUCUAAAGGGCUACUUGGAUUGGAUCACCCAAGCAGAAGACAUUGAUCCUGAGAACGAGGAAGAAGGAGGAGAGGAAAGCAAACGAAACACCAGCAUGCCCACCAGCGAGACCGAGUCGGUGAACACAGAGAACGUAAGUGGCGGAGGCGAGAAUCCAGGCGGCUGUGGGAGUCUCUGGUGCUGGUGGAAAAGAAGAGGCACGGCCAAGGCUGGGCCCUCUGGGUGUCGGCGGUGGGGCCAAGCCAUCUCAAAAUCCAAACUCAGCCGACGCUGGCGUCGCUGGAACCGCUUCAAUCGCAGAAGAUGUCGUGCUGCUGUGAAGUCUGUCACGUUUUACUGGCUGGUUAUUGUCCUGGUGUUUCUCAAUACCUUAACCAUUUCCUCUGAGCACUACAAUCAGCCUGACUGGUUGACGCAGAUUCAAGAUAUCGCUAACAAAGUCCUCCUGGCUCUGUUCACCUGCGAGAUGCUGGUAAAAAUGUACAGCUUGGGUCUCCAGGCCUAUUUCGUCUCUCUCUUCAAUCGGUUUGAUUGCUUCGUGGUGUGUGGUGGCAUUACCGAGACCAUCUUGGUGGAGCUGGAAAUCAUGUCUCCUCUGGGGAUCUCUGUGUUUCGGUGCGUGCGCCUCUUAAGGAUUUUCAAGGUGACCAGGCACUGGACUUCCCUGAGCAACUUAGUGGCCUCCUUGUUAAACUCCAUGAAGUCCAUCGCUUCGCUGUUGCUUCUGCUUUUUCUCUUCAUCAUCAUCUUUUCCUUGCUUGGGAUGCAGCUGUUUGGUGGCAAGUUUAAUUUUGACGAAACACAGACCAAGCGGAGCACCUUUGACAAUUUCCCUCAAGCCCUUCUGACCGUAUUCCAGAUCCUGACAGGGGAGGACUGGAACGCCGUGAUGUAUGAUGGCAUUAUGGCCUAUGGCGGCCCGUCGUCUUCGGGGAUGAUCGUCUGCAUCUACUUCAUCAUCCUCUUCAUUUGUGGUAACUAUAUCCUACUGAAUGUCUUCUUGGCCAUCGCUGUAGACAAUCUCGCUGAUGCUGAAAGUUUGAAUACUGCCCAGAAAGAGGAAGCUGAAGAGAAGGAGAGGAAAAAGAUUGCCAGAAAAGAGAGCCUGGAGAAUAAAAAGAACAACAAACCAGAAGUCAACCAGAUAGCCAACAGUGACAAUAAGGUUACAAUUGAUGACUACCGAGAAGAGGAUGAAGACAAGGAUCCCUACCCACCUUGUGAUGUGCCAGUAGGGGAAGAGGAAGAGGAGGAGGAAGAGGAUGAACCUGAGGUUCCUGCUGGCCCCCGUCCUCGCAGAAUCUCAGAGUUGAACAUGAAGGAGAAAAUCGCCCCCAUCCCCGAAGGAAGUGCAUUCUUCAUUCUGAGCAAGACCAACCCGAUCCGCGUGGGCUGCCACAAGCUCAUCAACCACCACAUCUUCACCAACCUCAUCCUCGUCUUCAUCAUGCUGAGUAGCGCCGCCCUUGCCGCCGAGGACCCCAUCCGCAGCCACUCCUUCCGGAACACUAUACUGGGUUACUUUGACUAUGCUUUCACAGCCAUCUUUACUGUUGAAAUCCUGUUAAAGAUGGCGACUUUUGGAGCUUUCCUCCACAAAGGGGCUUUCUGCAGAAACUACUUCAAUCUGCUGGAUAUGCUGGUUGUUGGGGUGUCACUGGUAUCAUUUGGGAUUCAAUCCAGUGCCAUCUCCGUUGUGAAGAUUCUGAGGGUCUUAAGGGUCCUGCGGCCACUCAGGGCAAUAAACAGAGCAAAAGGACUUAAGCAUGUGGUCCAGUGUGUCUUCGUGGCCAUCCGGACCAUUGGCAACAUCAUGAUCGUCACCACCCUUCUCCAGUUCAUGUUUGCCUGCAUCGGAGUACAGUUGUUCAAGGGAAAGUUCUAUCGCUGUACAGAUGAAGCCAAAAGUAACCCCGAAGAGUGCAGGGGGCUUUUCAUCCUCUACAAGGAUGGGGAUGUUGAUAACCCUGUGGUCCGGGAGAGAAUCUGGCAAAACAGCGAUUUUAACUUUGACAACGUCCUUUCUGCUAUGAUGGCGCUGUUCACGGUCUCCACGUUCGAGGGCUGGCCUGCGUUACUGUAUAAAGCCAUCGACUCAAAUGGAGAGAAUGUCGGCCCCGUCUACAAUUACCGCGUGGAGAUCUCCAUCUUCUUCAUCAUCUACAUCAUCAUCGUGGCUUUCUUCAUGAUGAACAUCUUUGUGGGCUUCGUCAUCGUCACAUUUCAGGAGCAGGGAGAGAAAGAGUAUAAGAACUGUGAGCUGGACAAAAAUCAGCGUCAGUGUGUUGAAUACGCCUUGAAAGCACGUCCCUUGCGGAGAUACAUCCCCAAAAACCCCUACCAGUACAAGUUCUGGUACGUGGUGAACUCCUCGCCUUUCGAAUACAUGAUGUUUGUCCUCAUCAUGCUCAACACACUCUGCUUGGCCAUGCAGCACUACGAGCAGUCCAAGAUGUUCAAUGACGCCAUGGACAUUCUGAACAUGGUCUUCACUGGGGUGUUCACUGUCGAGAUGGUUUUGAAAGUCAUCGCAUUUAAACCUAAGGGGUAUUUUAGUGACGCCUGGAACACGUUUGACUCCCUCAUCGUAAUCGGCAGCAUUAUAGACGUGGCCCUCAGCGAAGCCGACAACUCUGAAGAGAGCAAUAGAAUCUCCAUCACCUUUUUCCGUCUUUUCCGAGUGAUGCGGUUGGUGAAACUUCUCAGCAGGGGGGAAGGCAUCCGGACGUUGCUGUGGACUUUUAUAAAGUCCUUUCAGGCUCUGCCCUAUGUCGCCCUCCUCAUAGCCAUGCUGUUCUUCAUCUACGCGGUUAUCGGCAUGCAGAUGUUUGGAAAGGUUGCUAUGAGAGAUAACAACCAGAUCAACAGGAACAACAAUUUCCAGACCUUUCCUCAGGCGGUGCUGCUACUCUUCAGGUGUGCGACGGGUGAAGCCUGGCAGGAGAUCAUGCUGGCCUGUCUCCCGGGGAAGCUCUGUGACCCCGAGUCAGACUAUAACCCUGGGGAGGAGUACACAUGUGGGAGCAACUUUGCCAUUGUUUAUUUCAUCAGUUUUUACAUGCUCUGCGCAUUUCUGAUCAUCAACCUGUUUGUGGCUGUCAUCAUGGACAACUUUGAUUAUCUGACUCGGGACUGGUCCAUUCUGGGGCCUCACCAUUUAGAUGAAUUCAAAAGAAUAUGGUCAGAAUAUGACCCUGAGGCAAAAGGAAGGAUCAAGCACCUUGAUGUGGUCACUCUGCUCCGACGCAUCCAGCCUCCCCUGGGGUUUGGGAAAUUAUGCCCACACAGAGUAGCCUGUAAGAGACUAGUUGCCAUGAACAUGCCUCUCAACAGUGAUGGGACAGUCAUGUUUAAUGCAACCCUGUUUGCUUUGGUUCGAACGGCUCUUAAAAUCAAGACAGAAGGGAACCUGGAACAAGCUAAUGAGGAACUCCGAGCUGUGAUAAAGAAAAUCUGGAAGAAAACCAGCAUGAAACUGCUUGACCAAGUUGUCCCUCCAGCUGGUGAUGAUGAGGUAACCGUGGGGAAGUUCUAUGCCACUUUCCUGAUACAGGACUACUUUAGGAAAUUCAAGAAACGGAAAGAACAAGGACUGGUGGGAAAAUACCCUGCGAAGAACACCACCAUUGCCCUACAGGCAGGAUUAAGGACACUGCAUGACAUUGGGCCAGAAAUCCGGCGUGCUAUAUCAUGUGAUUUGCAAGAUGACGAGCCGGAGGAAACAAAACGAGAAGAAGAAGAAGAUGGAUUCAAAAGAAAUGGUGCCCUGCUUGGAAACCAUGUCAAUCAUGUUAAUAGUGAUAGGAGAGACCCCCUUCAGCAGACCAAUACCACCCACCGUCCCCUGCAUGUCCAAAGGCCUUCAGUUCCACCUGCAAGUGAUACUGAGAGACCGCUGUUUCCUCCAGCAGGAAAUUCGGGGUGUCAUAGCCAUCAUAACCAUAAUUCCGUAGGAAAGCAAGCUCCCAGCUCAACAAAUGCCAAUCUCAAUAAUGCCAAUAUGUCCAAAGCUGCCCCUGGAAAGCGGCCCAGCAUUGGGAACCUUGAGCAUAUGUCUGAAAAUGGGCAUCACUCCUCCCACAAGCAUGACCGGGAGCCUCAAAGAAGGUCCAGUAUUAAAAGAUCUGACUCGGGAGAUGAGCAGUUCCCAACCAUCUGCCGAGAGGAUCCGGAGCCCCACGGGUACUUCAGGGACGCCCGCUGCUUGGAGGAGCAGGAGUACUUCAGCGGCGAGGAGGGCUAUGAGGAUGUGGGCUCUCCGGCCGGGGGCAGGCAGAGCUACAACUACUACAACCGAUACCCGGGCAGCAGCUGGGACUUCGAGCGGCCCCGAGGCUACCAUCACCCCCAAGGCUUCUUGGAGGAUGACGACUCGCCCGUUUGCUAUGACUCCCGGAGAUCUCCAAGGAGACGCCUACUACCUCCCACCCCGACAUCGCACCGGAGAUCCUCCUUCAACUUUGAGUGCCUGCGCCGGCAGAGCAGCCAGGAGGAGGUACCGCUGUCCCCCACCUUCCCCCACCGCACAGCCCUGCCACUGCACCUGAUGCAGCAACAGAUCAUGGCAGUUGCGGGCCUGGAUUCCAGUAAAGCCCAGAAGUACUCGCCGAGCCACUCAACCCGGUCGUGGGCCACCCCUCCAGCGACCCCUCCGUACCGAGACUGGACACCGUGCUACGCGCCCCUGAUCCAGGUGGAGCGGCCAGAGGCCCUGGACCAGGUCAACGGCAGCCUUCCAUCCUUGCACCGAAGCUCAUGGUACACGGACGAGCCCGGCAUUUCAUACCGAACUUUCACACCAGCCAGCCUGACUGUCCCCAGCAGCUUCCGCAACAAAAACAGUGACAAGCAGAGGAGUGCAGACAGCUUGGUGGAGGCAGUCCUGAUAUCCGAAGGCUUAGGACGGUAUGCAAGGGACCCAAAAUUUGUAUCGGCAACAAAACACGAAAUCGCCGAUGCCUGUGACCUGACCAUCGAUGAGAUGGAGAGUGCAGCCAGCAACCUGCUCAAUGGGACUGUGCAUCCCCGGGCUAACGGGGGCGUGGGCCCUGUCUCACACCGGCAGGACUAUGAGCUCCAGGACUUUGGGCCGGGCUACAGCGAUGAGGAGCCUGACCUCGGAAGAGAUGAGGAGGACCUGGCAGAUGAAAUGAUAUGCAUCACCACCCUGUAGCCCCCAGGGAGGGGCAGACUGGCUCUGGCCUCAGGUGGGGCGCCGGAGGGCCAGGAAAAAAGUGCCUCAUAGUUAGGAAAGUUUAGGCACUAGUGUGGAGUCCGUAUUCAAUUAGACUUUUGUACAAGUGAUGUCAUGCCUCAAGGAAGCCAUAAACCUGGUAGGGAACAGCCGUGCACCCGUGCCCAGCCCCAGCUGUGGGAAGCAGCAGGUCCAGCCUUCCUGGGGAGGACCCGAGAGGACGAGGACGUGGGACAAGCCCGGCCCACUCGUCCAGGGCGCCCCCGGGGCACUCGCCCGCACCCACCUACCUGCUGGCACGGUGGGGAAGGUCAAGGUGAUGACGAUCACCACACCUGUGUCAUUACCUCAGCCAUCGGUCUAGCAUAUCAGACAUUCACUGGGCCCAGCAUAUCCAUUUUUAAACCCAUCCCCCCAAAUACACUGCUUCCUGGUUUCUGUUUAGCCGUUUUGAAAUGCAGUGUGUGAGUCAGGACCUACCUACCAGCCGUCAUCUGGAGAGGGGAGCAGGACCUCAUACAUGAGGUUUUCUGUUCUGUGACCCCAGUUUACAAGAGUGUCACUCAGUCGGUUUUGGACUGGCAGCUUAAGGGCAACUGUAAACUGGAAUAAUCAUGCACUCGCAACCAGGUAAACUUAGAUACGCUAGUUUGUUUAAAAAUUAUAGAUUUACUGUACAUGACUUGUAAUAUACUAUAAUUUGUAUUUGUAAAGAGAUGGUCUAUAUUUUGUAAUUAUUGUACCGUAUUUGAACUGCAGCAAUAUCCAUGGGUCCUAAUAAUUGUAGUUCCCCACUGAAACCUAGAAAUUUACUAGCAUUUUUACUCGGGCUGUACAGAAGUAGAAGAAAUAGAGCCAAUUCUCAUUCAUUCAAUGAAAAUCUUUUGGGGAUGAAAUUUCAAGUUCAAAAGAACUUGACAUUAGAUUUUUUUCUAAAAUAUUUUGAGUCACUCUGAAUCUACCUUUACAACAAGAUAUACCAGAUGUUUAACAGCCUUUGCUCUGAGCAAGAGUUCUAGGAUUUGAUAGUGUACCUUUGGUCCACCAUGGGUUACAACUGUCUUUUCUCUCACUAGCCCUCCGAGAAGCUCAUUGCGUAGGUCAAGCUGGUUACUCUGACCCUGUGGCAUUCACAAUGGCACCUCAGCUACCCCCACAAGACAUUUUCGCAUCUCUGGUGUAGAAAUUAUCACACAGGUGAAUGAAGUUCCUCUGCCCUUGCUCCCUGAGGACGGACGCUGCUGCUUGUCAUAAAUCGGGGUGCUGGGGAAGGGGGUGGAGGGGCACAGCGAUGCUCUGCGGGAUGGGAACGUCGGGUCUGUCCAAGUUGUACUGUUGCCUUUUUACAAAACACUGCUGUACUGUGUGUUCUCUUUGAGGGCUUUUAUAUGCAACUGAAUGAGGGCUGAAGUUUUCAUUAGAACGUACUCACACUCCGAUUGUACUUCCUGAUGAAAACCCACUUUUGGACCAUUAGACCCACCAAGGCUUCCUUUUCUGUUCAAAGAAUCAUGCCGACUUUGUCAAUUUACCUUGGCAGGGAUUCCCUGCGGUCAAAAAAAGAUAAUUAGCAGUUUUGGGUUCAAAAUUUUUAAAUAUUACCUGGGCAACCUGUUAAUGUUUUGGGUUUUUUUUUGUUUUUGUUUUUGUUUUUGUUUUUUGUAAAUAACAAGACUUUGUUAUGAAGACCUUACAAACCUCUUCUUAAGACAUUCUUACUCCAGAUCCAGGCAAAAACACUUCAAGGUUUGUAAAUGACUAUUUCCUGACGUAAAUUUUUUUUAAUUAAAAUGCAAAAUGUUCUUCAGAAUGUAACUGUGUAAUAAUUGUAUUGCAUUAGGGAGCUCUUGUUGCAAAGAGCUGGUGGGGGCCGGUGAGGGCAGUCCUGGGACUCUGAGCAGUUCUCGUACCCUGAUGGCUCCCUCCUUAAUGCCCGUGGCUAAGUCAGCACCAGCUAAGUCAGCACCAGCUGCAGAGAGCACGGUUUCUCCUCAAGGGCUAAGCCACUGUUCCCAUCCUUUCUGCUGGGUAUUGUUCU